UCCGCCACGCCCUUCCUGCUUCCUGUUGGUGGGGCGGGCGAGGGCAGCCGGCCGGGGCCCGGGGGGAGCCGGUGCAGCCCGGCGCCGUCCGCGCCUGCGCUCCUCGGGCGUCCCGUGCCCGCCGGCGGCGCAGCAUGGGAUGCCCUUGAGCGGCGGAUCGCUAUUGCCUAGGGGCGGCCUUGCCCGUGCCCGUGCGCGGCGGGGGGAGGCCGGGCGGCGCCGCCGGGGCCGGGCCGGCAGCAGGAUGUCAUCACCUUGCCAUACCUCUGCUGUGCUGGUAGUUUUUAUGGCCCUUGCUGUUGUGGGGGCUGAACAGUCAAAAGAGAGGAGCUGUGAUGUGAUCGGUGAUGAAAGCAGUGAGUCGCAAAUGGAAAGAGCCCUGCUGAAGAAACUGGAGCCCCUGAGCCCUAUGAGGUUUAAUGUGACUGUGGAGAAGGGCAAAACGGAAAACUACAUCUACCAUUUCAGAGUGUGCAGGGAGGUCAAUAGCACCGUACACGAUUUUGGUGGCCUGGUGCAAACAGAUAGACAGAAUGGGAAGACCACAGUGAUAGGAAGAAUCAAUGAAACCCAGGUCUUCAAUGGAAGUGACUGGAUCAUGCUGAUUUAUAAAGGAGGUGAUUCAUAUGGCAGGCACUGCAGUGGUGAGAAGAGAAGAGCUGUGAUAAUGAUUUCUUGCAAGCGGGGAGUUACAGCAAGUUCAUUCAGCAUUAUUUCGGAAGAGCGGGAAAAGGAGCAGGAGUGUUUCUACCUCUUUGAGAUGGACAGCAGUGUGGCUUGUCCAGCUGAGGAUUCCCACCUCAGUGUUGGCUCCAUUUUACUGAUCACGUUUGCUUCGCUGAUUGCAGUCUACAUCAUUGGUGGGUUCCUCUACCAGCGCCUUGUAGUGGGAGCAAAGGGCAUGGAGCAAUUUCCUCACUUUGCCUUCUGGCAAGAUCUGGGCAAUUUGGUAGCGGAUGGCUGUGACUUUGUCUGCAGAUCCAAGCCUCGAAACGCACCAGCCGCAUACCGCGGGGUGGGCGACGACCAACUGGGUGAGGAGUCGGAGGAGCGGGAUGACCACUUGCUACCAAUGUGAUCAGCUUUCAACACCGAGUUCUUUUCUCCCCAUCUCCCCAGUUUAGCCGGGUGUCUCCCAGCCAGUUGUCCUUCUCUCACUCUGAUUUUCUUUACGCUCUUUGCUUUUGCUGUCUCUGGUGCGUCAAGUCCCAUGGAUGCCUCUGGGUGUGAAUAUAAUGCUGGUUUAGGAUUUUACAAAUGCAGCAGAGCUGAGGGGAGAAAGUGCUAAGAGUUGAGUAGAAGACAGCAAGAAAGCAAUAUGAGUGUUCAGCAUGGGAGAGGAAGCACCAAGAGAUAAAAAGAACCAUGGAUGGGUGCAGAAAGGGGAAGGAGGCCAUGGGUUAAAACAGCUGAGACUGUAGGAGGGAUCUUUUGUUUCUUCCCCCUCACCUCUAGGGUUUACAGGAUCUGUAAGACACUGGAAUUCUUUUUGAAUGCAUUUUCAGUUUUUCUAGCUUUUGCACUGCUUCUGCCAGCAUAACCUGCAGCGUGCUCUAUGCCAGACUCUGUGGGGGUGGAAGAGGCAUUGGCACCUCUGCACUAUUUUCUUUUCUUUUCCUAAUGGCAGUAUGUUGAAGAGUACACACCAGUUUCUUUCAACGUAUACAAAGGGAUGCACGCCAUCCUCUCAGACAAUUGAGAGGGGCAAUGUUAAAAAGCAUGAGUUAAAUACAGUCUCAUGAUUUUGCAGUUCAGUCACAAUAUUGUCUUGGCUUUUCCAAAUCAUUGAGAAGCAAAAGGAAAUAAUGUGCUGCUAAGUAAAGGGAACAUUUGCUGAAACUCACAUCAAGGCACAAUGAAACAGGUAGCUGCCACUCAAGUUCUAAGCUUCCUGAGGUGACUGCCUGCACAGCUCAGUCACUGUCAGCAUUGUGAUUAUAUGCUCUCUGAAUGUUCCUUGUUUGGCAGAGGGUUUUCCCAGGAAGCUACCAGAAUAUAAAAAAGGAACUGUAGAAGCCAAGGAUAAGAAUGCUAGUGUAAUGAAAAACUGCGUAAGGGACUCUUGCACUUACAGGGUCAGCUUUCAUAAAUCAUUGUUAUAGUACAGAUGGUACUUAGAUACUGCUACUGGCUGGGAGUAAAAGAGACCUUUUCCUGGGGCCCUGGUGAAAUGCAGGUACAGCCAAGUUGCAAGACUUCAGGAACUUGGCACCUUGAUUCUUAAUUGCUUUUUAUUUCAGGGGCUAUACUCUUAAGUGAUCCCAUUCUGCCCUAUUCUAGACUGGCAAGAACUGCCCUCAGUCUUGAGGGCAGAGACUGUGAAUAAGCAAGCCACUACUGUUAACAGCAGAGUACAGACGAGGUUUGUGUAUUUGUAAUACUGCCAAAACAGUCUGAACAGUGACACUGAGGGGAAAGGGAUGGCCCUGCUUUCUUGCUGGGUUUGGAGUGGGCAAACAGCUCCUGCUUUCUUUGACUUUUGUUACAGCCUCAAUCUUCCUCAUAACAUGGGAAAAAUAGGAAGUCACUAAAAGUCUGUUGUUACUGUUUUUUCAUGGUGGUGUUUAAGAUAAUUUUUUUUGUACAAAACACAACUUUCAAAAAUAAAAUUACCAAAAAAAAAACCUCAAACCCUGGUGAAGUGUUGUGUUGCUGUAACAAGAGCUUUCUGUGGUGCCAGAGCAUCUUUCUUACCCAAAGGUGAAGGGUCCUUAGUGGGUGGUGCCGUGUGCCUGAGCUACUCUUUCCCAGAAUGGGUCUCUUUUUGUUAGUACAUGUUUUUUCCUGCCGCCUAGGAGGGCUUAAGAGGGAGCGGUAUACACAGCUUUAGAAGCUCAGGUAGUAAGGGAUGGGAAAGGCUUCCUAUGCUCUGUAUUCUUUUGCAACAAUAAAAAGAGAAAGUAACUUUUAGCAGCCAGACCUGCAAAGCCUGAACAAGCUUUUUCUUUUUAUUAAGAACAUUGAACAUGAAAUGAAACCUUCUCAUUUGACUGAAAUAAAAUCCGGUCCUCAGAAGCAGUAGUACUGUAGGCAGGUUACUGCCUGCCUACCCUGCCAAGGGUCAAACUGAACUGGAUUUUUUAUCACACCCAGCCUGCUAAGGAUAAAAUACUUCAAGGGCAGCCUUCCUCAGAUGGUUGCUGUUAAGAGAUUCUAACCUCCCCCUUCCCUACCUCCAAAUUAUAUCAGACCAAAUAGUGUUAUCAGGGUGCAGCUUCUUUUAGGCCUGUUUUCAUUCAAGAAGCCUCAGAAGUUUUCUUUCUCAGGAACAAAGGCAUUAUUAGAGAGAUUCAACAGUACACUUAAGACAAGGAAGCUGCUACCACAUUUUAUCCAUCUUCUAAGCCAUUUCCCUCCUCUCUUUUUCUAAUAUGGGUCAAUAAAGAGCCAAUUCCAAACA